AAACAUGGCCGUAACAACGAUAAUAGAUGGCAACAAAAUUCAACAUCAAAUUUCAAAGCCAAUGAAUUAGUGCAAGAUGCCUUUAUUUGAAUGUAACAUGGCCGUAACAACGAUAAUAGAUGGCAACAAAACUCAACAUCAAAUUUCAAGGCCAUUGAAUUUGUGGUAUGGCAAACAAGCAUGCCCAUCACUAAGCCAUGAUGACAAACAGGGAUGACAAGUCCGGAUGGGAUGGCGACACGGAAUGAUAAUCCGGUGCGAGGUGCACCAUCCCUAUUGCACGGCAAACAGGAUACGACAGGUUGAGUUGGUACGAGGACAUCAAGCGAAGCGGAGCAAAGUAGAAUACCACAACUGGCGACGAGGUUAAAACGGUGAACAAAAGAAAGUGAUUGAGUGAAAUUGUGGAAAGAAAGGAAAAAAACCAAAGGAAUGGACACUUGGAACAUUUCUCAUUUCCUUUUUAGGUCGAUGGAUCGGAAUUCUAUCAGAAGCGAAUGGGUUAAGUACAAAAGAAAUUUUGACUUCAUCAUUGCGGCAACCGAAGAGAAGAACAGAACUAAGAUACGAAACAUUUUCUUGGCAAGGGCGGGACCAGAUGUGCAGGAAAUCUUUGCCACUAUACCAGGCGCGGAUGUAAAGGAAGACGCGAGCCAAGGUAUUGAUCCUUAUAAUGUGGCUAUUCAAAAGUUGGACGAAUACUUUUGUCCCAAGCAGCACGAGGUUUUUGAACGGAAUCAAUUCUGGACACUAAAGCCGGAGCAGGGUGAAACGAUUGAACAGUUCACGUUCAGGUGUCAAAGUUUGGCCCAAAAGUGUUGUUUCGGCAAGACUGAAGAGGAAGCUAGAGCGAAUAGUGUCAUCGAUAAAGUAAUAUUAUUCGCGCCAAAUGAACUAAAAGAAAAAUUGUUACAACAUAAAGCGAUGAAUGUAGAACAAAUGAUUCAAGUAGUUAGCUCGUACGAAUCAGUUAAAAGGCAGGCACGAGAAAUACUUGCACCAGGAAAAGUCGAAACAAGGGACUAUAAUGCAAGCGAACAGGUUAACCGUGUGGUUCCGGCCAAGAGAGAGUGUUUCAGAUGCGGGAAAAAGGAUCAUUUGGCGGCUGAUCCAAAAUGUCCUGCACGUAAUAAGGAGUGCUAUAAAUGUAAGAAGGUCGGACAUUUUGGUUCGCAGUGCCGCACACCUGGAUCCACCAAAAGGCAAGGAGGAAAUGACAAUAAUGGGGCGAAACGUUACCGACAGGAAAGAGUUAGGGCUAUCGAAAACCGGACUGAAGAAGAAGAAGAAGGAAAAUCAAGCACAGAAAAUUUCAUCUACAACAUCAGCGAUGGGGGAGAGAUGCUGUGGAUUAAAGUGAGAGGUGUGAUGCUGCAUGUUUUAGUUGAUUCGGGAUGCAACAAAAACAUAAUAAGCGAGAAAGCAUGGGAAUAUCUCAGAAGAAAUGUUAUAGAAAGAGGGGUAAAUCUAACAGAGUGCAAGGAGAUAUUUUUACCAUAUGGAGAAAAGGCUAAGCCGUUAACGGUAUUAGGCAAAUUUGAGGCGUCGGUUGAAAUUGAGGAUGAGGGGAGACGGAUAUGCAAGCCAGCUUCAUUUUAUGUUAUAAAAGGAAGCCAACAGUCGCUACUAGGUCGAAUUACGGCUAAGGAGUUAGGAGUGUUAUUUAUAGGGUUGCCGAGCACACACGGGGUUAAGGCUAUAGAGCAUAGUGAACGGAACGUUUUCCCGAAGAUAAAAGGGCUAAAGGUAAAAAUACCUAUUGACUGCGAUGUACAACCCGUAUGCCAACAUCCGCGACGCCCACCAAUAGCACUGUUAGAUAAGAUAGAGGAGAAGAUUAAGUAUCUGCUUGAAAAAGAUAUUAUAGAACCGGUGGAGGGAGGCUGUGAAUGGGUUUCACCACUAGUACCGAUCGUAAAAGAUAACGGAGAUCUAAGACUAUGUGUUGACAUGCGUAGAGCAAACGCAGCGAUUGUAAGAGAAAGGCAUUUUAUGCCUACAAUAGAAGAUUUUUUGCCUAGAUUUACAUCGGCUAAAAUCUUUAGUAGAUUAGACAUAAAGGAUGCAUUUCACCAGGUGGAACUGGAUGAGAAAUGUAGGUACAUAACAACAUUCAUAACCCAUAUGGGCCUAUUCAGGUACAAACGACUCAUGUUUGGUAUUGUGAUAGCACCGGAGGUUUUUCAGAAAAUUAUGGAGCAGGUGUUAGCAAAAUGCAGUUCAAAUGCAGUCAAUUACAUUGACGAUAUUUUGGUUUUCGGAAAAUCUGAGAGGGAACAUGAUGAGGCCCUACGAGCGGUUCUGGACGAGAUACGGAAACAGGGCAUAUUAUUAAAUCAGGAAAAAUGCGUAUUUAAAGUACCGGUGAUCGAAUUUCUAGGGCAUAGAAUUUCGAGUCACGGCAUCGAACCCACAGAAGGAAAAAUUGAGGCGUUGCGAAAAUUUCGGGCACCUUCUUCCGCAGAAGAAGUUCGAAGUUUUUUAGGCCUAAUAACAUAUUUAGGAAGAUUUCUGCCAAACCUGGCAACAAUAACGGCACCACUACGCGAGUUAACACAUAAAGGAAUCAAGUUCGAAUGGGGGAAUAGUCAAAAAGGAGCAUUCGAGAAAUUGAAAACAAUGGUGGCGGACGUAAAACUCUUACAUUUUUUUGAUAAUUCCAUGAGAACAAGAGUUAUCGCUGACGCUUCGCCGGUUGCAUUAGGUGCAGUACUAGUUCAAUUCGAGGGCUCACAAGACGAUCUACCUAGACCAAUAGCGUAUGCUAGUAAGAGUUUGACAGAUACUGAACAGCGUUACUGCCAGACAGAGAAAGAAGCUUUGGCAUUGGUUUGGGCGGUAGAGAGGUUUGCUCCGUACUUGCUAGGACGUAUCUUUGAAUUGGAAACGGACCAUAAACCGUUAGAAGUCAUUUUUAAGCCCUCAUCACGUCCAUGUGCCCGUAUUGAAAGAUGGCUGUUGAGAUUGCAGUCUUUCAAUUACGUGGUAAAAUACAGGAAAGGCUCAAAUAAUAUAGCGGAUCCAUUAUCGCAAUUGGUGGAUAAUAAAGAGGGAAUUCCAUUCGAGCAGGAAAAUAAACAUAUGAUAUGGGCCAUAAUGGAAUCGGCAGCCAUAGACGUACAGGAGUUAGAAGACGCUGCCAAGAUAGAUGAAGAAUUAUUGAAGGUUAGAGAUAGCCUCCAAUCUGGUAGCUGGAACGAGGUAGAAACCAAACCAUAUGCCCCUUUCAAAGAAGAGCUAGGUAUGGCGGGGGAUAUGAUUAUUAGGGGUAACAAACUAGUUGUACCGAAAGCGCUACGGCCAAGGAUGUUAGAGCUAGCCCACGAGGGACACCCGGGGGAGUCCGUCAUGAAACGCCGAUUAAGGAAUAGAGUUUGGUGGCCCGGAAUGGAUCGAGAGGUUGCAAAACACGUUGUUGGAUGCGAGGGAUGUCGUCUGGUAGAAAACCCGGGAAAGCCAGAACCAAUGACACGACGCUCGUUACCCUUAAGACCGUGGGUCGACGUUGCACUUGAUUUCCUAGGGCCAUUACCGUGUGGUUCAUAUUUAUUGGUACUCGUAGAUUAUUUUAGUAGGUACAAAGAAGUGGAAAUAAUGACCAGAAUAACAGCCAAAGAUACGGUAGGGAAGUUGGCAAAAAUAUUUACGCGACUAGGGUUCCCGAGAACUAUAACAUUAGAUAACGCGAAACAACUGGUCGGAACGGAAUUUGAAUCGUACAGCCGAGAGCAUGGCAUACAUCUAAAUCAUUCCACCCCGUACUGGCCUCAAGAAAACGGUCUAGUUGAACGCCAAAAUCGAUCGUUGUUAAAAAGACUAAAGAUAAGUGCAGGUUUAGGAAGGGAUUGGAAAAAGGACUUAGAAGAAUAUCUUAUGAUGUACUACACAACACCGCACUCCACAACAGGGAAAACACCUACCGAGCUAUUAUACGGAAAAACCAUUCGUUCAAAAAUACCGGCAUUGGAAGAUAUAGAGACCGCCGUAAUAAGAGAGGAAAUAAGGGAUCAAGACCAAACGCGGAAAUGGAAAGGAAAAACAAACGAAGAUGAAAGGAGACGAGCACGCAAAUCGUCCAUCUCAGAAGGAGAUAUAGUGCUAGCGCAAAAUAUGCUCCCGGGUAACAAACUGCAAACAAACUUCAACCCAAAGGAGUUUGUGGUGAUAGGAAAAGAUGGAUCAAGGGUAACGAUUGAGGACCAAGAAACGAGCAGAUGCUAUAAGAGAAAUGUAGCCCACUUAAAGAAAAUUGAGAAAUUGGUUGAUAAGGAAUCGGGAACACAGGAAGCGCAAACAUCGGGGGAAACAUUGAGUAAGGACAUAACGCAUUGUCAGAGAAAGAGAAAUCCACCAGCUAGGUUGACAGAUUAUGUAAGAGAAUAGGAAUUUAUUUAGAAAUUAAAUUGCACUCAUAGGUAAUGGUAUAUGGGAAUCCAAUGGGAAUAAAAACAAACAAAAAAAGGAGUGAUGUGGUAUGGCAAACAAGCAUGCCCAUCACUAAGCCAUGAUGACAAACAGGGAUGACAAGUCCGGAUGGGAUGGCGACACGGAAUGAUAAUCCGGUGCGAGGUGCACCAUCCCUAUUGCACGGCAAACAGGAUACGACAGGUUGAGUUGGUACGAGGACAUCAAGCGAAGCGGAGCAAAGUAGAAUACCACAGAAUUAGUG